AUGCUGCGCCUCGCCCUGCUCGCCCUCGCGAGCAGCGCCGCCGCAGACGUCAUCACCCGCAUCCCAGACGCCGCCCCGCCCGGCUUCGAGCAGUGGACGUCCCCCAUCGUCGUCCCCGCCAAGCCCGUCGCCGGCGACGCCGACUGGGCCCCCGCCGUCGCCCGCGCCCGCGCCUUCGUGGGGGGGCUCUCGCUCGAGGAAAAGGUCAACCUCACGACCGGCGUCGGGACGGGCGGACGCUGCGUCGGCAAUACGGGCGAGGUCACGCGGAUCGGGUUCAAGGGGAUCUGUCUGCAGGAUUCCCCGCUCGGCGUGCGCGACGCGGACUUUGCGAGCGCGUUCCCGGCGGGCAUCAACGUCGCCGCGACCUUCGACCGCUCGCUCAUCUACCGCCGCGGCCGCGCGAUGGGCGCCGAGCAUCGCGGCAAGGGCGUCAACGUCGCCCUCGGCCCCAUGACCAACAUGGGCCGCGUCGCAGCCGGCGGGCGCAACUGGGAGGGGUUCGGCGCGGACCCGUUCCUGAGCGGCGUCGCGUCCGCCGAGACCGUGCGCGGCGUGCAGGACGCGGGCGUGAUCGCGUGCGUGAAGCAUUUUAUUGGGAACGAGCAGGAGCAUUUUAGGGGCGGGUCGGAGGCGCCGCAGGUGCAGAGCUCGAAUAUCGACGACAAGACGAUGCACGAGGUCUACGCGUGGCCGUUCGCAGAGGCCGUCGCGGCGGGCGUCGGCUCCGUCAUGUGCUCGUACAACAAGGUGAACCAGACGCAGGCGUGCCAGAACUCGAAGAUCCUCAAUGGGCUGUUGAAGGAGGAACUCGACUUCCAGGGCUUCGUCACGUCUGACUGGGCGGCGAUGAUCGACGGCGUGCAGCCCGCGCUCGCGGGCGCGGACAUGAACAUGCCCGGCUUCAUCUCGUACAACAUCCCCCCGAGCGAGCCGAACCCGGAUAACACGACUAACUCGCGAGUGUGGUGGGGCUCCGCGCUGAUUGAGGCCGUGCGCAACGGCUCCGUGCCCGAGGCGCGCGUGACGGACAUGGUCGUGCGCACCAUGGCCGCGUACUACAAGAUGGGCCAGGACGCGCCGGACUUCCCCGCGGUCAACUUCGACUACAACACCGAGGACACGUACCUCGACGGCCAGCUGGUCAACGAGCACGUCAACGUGCAGGGAGACCACUACAAGCUCAUACGCGAGAUCGGCGCCGCGAGCGUCGUCCUACUCAAGAACACGGCCGGCGCGCUGCCCCUCAGUGCCGCCAACAUCAAGCGGCUCGCGAUCGUGGGCUCGGAUGCGGGGCCGAACCCGGAUGGCCCGAACGGGUGCAGCGACCGUGGAUGUGACCAGGGCACCCUCGCCAUGGGAUGGGGCUCCGGCACCGCCAACUUCCCCUACCUCGUCGACCCGCUCUCCGCCAUCCAGUCCUUCGUCCACCGCACAAACCCAACCGCCGUCGUCGAAGGCGUCCUCUCCGACUUCAAUUACGCCCAAAUAACCGCCGUCGCCGCGCAGGCGGACACCUGCAUCGCGUUCGCCAACGCCGACUCGGGCGAGGGCUAUAUCACGGUGGACACGAACGCCGGCGACAGGAACAACCUCACGCUCUGGCACGCCGGCGACGCGCUCGUCGCCGCCACCGCCACCGCGUGCGCCAACACGAUCGUCGUGCUCCACGCCGUGGGGCCCGUGCUGCUCGAGCCGUGGAUCGCGCACCCGAACGUGAGCGCCGUGCUGCUCGCGGGCCUCCCCGGACAGGAGAGCGGCAACGCGCUCGUGGACGUGCUGUUUGGGGCCGUGAGCCCGAGCGGGCGGUUGCCGUACACGAUCGCGAAGGCGCGCGGGGACUACCCUGCCGACGUGCUGUAUGAGAGCGAGAUGGAGACGCCGCAGAUCACGUAUGCGGAGGGCGUCGAUAUCGACUACCGGCACUUCGACGCGGCGGGCAUCACGCCGCGCUUCGAGUUUGGGUUUGGGCUCAGCUACUCGACAUUCGCCACCGCGUCGUCGACGGCUACGUCCACGGGCUCCGCGCCGCCCGCGAUCUCCUCGCCCGCGCAGACGCACCCGGGCGGGCCCGCGCGCCUGUUCGACGCGCUGUGGACGGUGCGCUUCGCGCUGACGAACACGGGCGCGACGGGCGCGCACGAGGUCGCGCAGGUGUACCUCACGUUCCCGCCCGCGGCGGCGCAGCCGCCGAAGGUGCUGCGCGGGUUCGAGCGCGUGUAUCUGGACGCUGGGGAGACGGGCGUGGUGGAGGUUGGGCUGCGGCGGAAGGACGUGAGCGUGUGGGACGUGGUGAAGCAGGAGUGGGUCGUGCCCGCGGGCGCGUUCACGGUACUCGUCGGGAGCUCGUCGCGUAAUAUUCAUCUGAGCGGCACGUUUGUGCCGGGCCGCGGUGCGUGAUGUGAUGGAGCAGGGCCGGAUGCGGUCGUGGUCGUGGUCAUGGUCAUUAUACCCUCGAGGGAUGCAAGGACUCCGCACGUACGUACGUGCGGACGGACAGAGAGAGAAAUGGAGAGACGGACUGACAGACGGACAGAAGGGGAUACCACUCACAACAAAAAACGUGUUCAUACUUGGGUGCUGCGCCGUGCAGGAGAACCGAGGUAGACGGACGUGUUUUAUAUACUCGCGACUUUAUACCACGUCGUUUUGCUUGAA